AUGCAGUCGAAGAGGCUUACCACAGAGCCUCCACGUAUAACAGAAGAAGUGUUUGAAGAAUGCUUAGCCACAGAUGAUAUGCUUGUGGACUACUUUAAUGAAUUUUUGAGUCUUCCAACUUUUGCCCAGCCGGUUAAGUUUAACUCUGACUUUGGGGUUUUUGAAGUAGUUAAUGAUGCCCCACAAUGCCUGGAAAGCCAGCUGAAAAAAAUUCUACAUGAUCAGAAACCUCCAAACCCCAUUUAUGAUGUUCUAAGGAAAGCAAAGAAUGAUGGGCAGCUCUCCAAAAUGCGCAGCGCUUCUCCAACCUUCAAUAUUGAUCCAAAUUACAACACUAUGUGUCUUGAUCGAGAACAAGCAAUUCAGUGGAUUAAGAAAGAAAGGCUUCCAGCAUUUCUAGAAAGUGACUGUUACUUUGAAUACAGGCUAGCUAAAUUGAUAUCACAGGUUGAAUGGAGCAAGACUGGCAUUAAUUUCAUUAUAGAUAGUGACUACUAUCCCUGGAUAAGGAAGCAAGACCCAGAUUCUCCUCCUCCUGAGGAGGAUGACACUUCAUUGACUGUGAAGAAGUUCUACAUAUCGCUUGGCCAGGCUACAGUUUCUCAAACAAAGGAUUGGUUUACACUAGCAAAACGAAGUGAAUCCAUGAAAACUACAGAUUCAUUUAUGCAUCCUGUAGCUUCUAGCCAAAUUCAAGAUAAUCAGUGUUUGCCUGGGCAGCAUGAAAGAGACCAUUCCUUAAGUGAAGAAGAUAGCCUUCUGGGUAAGUAACAGGGGCUCAGCCAUACAAAAGCCGACAUUAUUAGGGAGAGAUCCAGAGAGGCUGAGGAGGGUUCUUCUGUGGCCAUUGCUGAACCUUCUUCCUACGCUCAGUUAAGAGUUUAUCUAGACCCAAAACAGGACAGUGCAGCAAAAGAAGAAAAUGGACAGGAAAGCACAAAUUUUCAGACACCGGAAGAAUUCAUACCAGCUUAUACUCCAUUUGUAAUGAAGGAACCCAUUUCAGAAUGGUCCCACCAGCCAGCUGCUGACAUUGAGGUCUUGGACUCCAAGGGAGACGUAAGAGAACGAGAUACUGAAGAAGUAAGCUUAAGAUCAAGUUCUGAAAGUGAUGGGGCAGACAGUAGGGCUGCCUGGUGUAUUAGUCACAGGACUUACGACACUGGCACCAGACACGAGUUUGAAAGAUUCAAGAAGUUCAUUAAAGGAACACUUGGGGAGAGGUACUGGUGGCUCUGGAUGGAUAUUGAAAGACUAAAGGCUCUUAAGGACACAACAAGGCAGCAAAGGCAACUCAGUAAGAUGAAAAAACUGUAUCUGCUGAGCAGUGGAGACUAUUUCCUCAGUUCAGAAGUGUUACUCAGACUUGAUCUACUGCAUGGAGAUCAGUGGAAUAUAAGGCAUUUAAGACAGAUUCAGCCUGAAGUAGUGAAACCUCUACUUCUUUACUGGGGUCCCAGAUUUUGUGUCACUCAUUCAACAGCAAUAGAAACCGCCAGUGCAAAACUGAAGCUCUGGCACACAUGCCAAGACAGACCAAGGGUAGACAUUGAUCCUUUUCCACAAAUAGUAUCAUUGCUACCAUUGACACUUAAGUCUUGCACACCCAGGAUACCACCUUCACUUCCUCAGGGGAAAAGUGCUGCUGGCAGUGCUGUCUUAGGGGGAUCAAGAAUGGAAAGCAUGCUCCAGUCUCUUUAUCUGGAGAACAGAGCAGGCUACUACUUCACACACUUCUGUGAGAAGUCAGGGAAUAAGUUGUGGAAGAACAGUGUGUACUUUUGGUUUGACCUACAGGCUUAUCAUCAGCUUUUCUACCAAGAAACUCUUCAUCCUUUUAAAAUAUGCAAGCAAGCUCAAUUCCUUUAUGCAACUUACAUUGCGCCAUCUGCCAAUAUGGACAUUGGACUUCAUCAGAGUAAGAAAAACAUGAUUUAUCAGAAAAUUGACCCAGCUUUUGAGGAUCUUUUUGACCUAGCAGAAGAAUAUAUCCUCACUGUUCUGCUAGAACCGUGGAUGAAGAUGGUGGAAGCAGACAAAUGUACUUAUGGAAAGGUGGAGUUGGUGGAAGAAACUCGACAGCUGGACUCCAUGUACUUUAGAAAGCUCCAGGCUUUGCAUCAAGAGAGUGGUUCCAAGAAGGAUGAGAGUUCUGUUGCUGACGCUGGUCUGCCAUCCUGCCUUGAUGCUCUCAAAGAAGAUCAGCACUUGUGUCAAGUUCCCAAAGAAUUGGCAGGUACUAAUCUAUCCGACCUGAUCCAUGACAAAGAGAAGUUAGAACAGUUCUGGGAUUUUCUUAAUGAGCAUUCUGCUGGCAUGGAUCUCAUGUGCUGGCUAGAUAUUGAACAGUUCAGAAAGAUGCUCCACAAGGAUAAAGAGAAAAGGGAGGAAAAAUCUAAGGACAUUAAAAACAAAUACUUAAACAAAAAAUACUUCUUUGGACCCAACAGCCCAGCUACCAGAGAACAACAAGAACAGCUAAUGCAUUCAGGUGGAGGAUGGGGACAAAUCCUUCACGAUCAACUUUCGGCAGCGGUUCUGCUAGAAAUUCAGCAAUGCGUCCAGAAGAGAUUAGAAGAACAAUGGCUGCCAUUGUUCCUGGCAGAUGAACACCGUGGGUCGGAGGAACAAGCAGAGAUAAGGGACAUAACUGAAGAUCUUUCACAUCAAAAACAGGAGAAGACAACUAGAAUGUGGAAGCAUGUGGACAAUAAGUGGGUUUCUUCAUCUAGUGAAAUAAUUGCUUUCCGCAAAGCACUGUUGAAUCCAGUGACAGCAAAUCAGUUUCAAUGCUUUGUGUCACUGAAAGGAGACCUACUGGAGAAUGGAGUGCUCUUUUGGCAGGAGGUACAGAAAUAUAAGGACUUGUGCCAUUCUCAUUGUGAUGAUACCACAGUUCAGAAAAAGAUCACAGCUAUUAUCGACUGCUUUAUUAAUUCUGCGGUACCUCCAGCUUUGCAGAUUGACAUCCCAACUGCACAAGCAAAGAAGAUUCUGGAGCACAGGAAAGAACUAGGACCUUAUAUUUUUAGAGAAGCACAGAUGACAAUUUUUGCUCUUCUGUUUAAAUUUUGGCCAAAAUUUUGUAAGUUUCAGAGCAAUUUGGCUAGUGACAAAAUUCUAUUUGCCUUGGAGAGAAAAAAGGGAAAAAAGAUGCGAAAGAAGGAAGGCAAAACAGCAGAGGGUAAAGAAGUGGGGACAGAAGUCAUCAGUCUGUCAAGCAGUGCUUUGGUAGACAAGAUUGGUGUGGCAAGAGGACCAGCAUCAUUUUCAAAUGGAUAUGGGUGGCAGGCUUCCUGGUCCUAUUCCAAGUACAUAGAAGCCUUGGAGCAGGAGAGAAUACUUCUUAAAAUGCAAGAAGAUCUGGAUAAAAACUCAUCAUCAUUCCUUACAGGUGCUUCAUCUAUGUCCUUCCUGAAGCCUGGAAACUCUGAAAAAUCCACCAUUUCUCCAAAGAGUAGUGUGAGUUUGGAGAAACACUCAAAUCUUCCCAAGAAACAGAAACCGUUUGGGUUUGGCGGCCACCCUGGAGAUCUGGAAGAGCGACGGACGCGUGCGGGAAGGGCGGAGGGCACGGGUUUGUCCGGCAAGCGGUGGGCCAGCAAGCGCGUGCCAUCGCGAGGGCUGCUGGCUGGCGCCAGGCCUGCGGCUCGCCCCGGUUCGGUUCGGCUCGGCCCGGCCCGGCCCGGCUGA